GCAAUAAAAAAUGUCAAUCAAUCUUUAUAUAUAGCUAUUUUCAGUAAACUCAAGAGACUUAAUAUAUCGUACAUUAACUAAUCAUUCAGUUAGAAAAUGGCUGGGUUUAACACCGACAUUAGACGAUUUGAUGGCCCAAACUCAGGUUUUAAACACCAUGGAGAGAUUGGGUGCUUCUCAUUAGAUAUUAACAGAGAAUUUCAAGAUGAUAACCGCCAGAGGAAAUAUUUUAUUAAACCGUCAAAUUAUAAUAAUGUUAGAUAUGAUCUGACAAAGGGAUACGAGGGAAUGGUGAAAAGAGAUGAAUAUAAGAACGAACAGCUCGACCACCUUCUAAAAUGGAUACGCAAACAUGAGCAGGGAAUUACCCAGAUCGACCUCAUAUGUGACAGGAGUUUGUUAAAAAGGUUACUGUCUACGCUGUAUACGAGAAAAGAAUACUGGAAGUUCGCAGUGACUCUUCAUAAGGGCACAUACUACCUGUGUGACUACCACACCGACCAGAAACUGGCACUUAAACAACAAAUGAUGGGAGGGAAGGACGAAGAGAUGUGUGCGUGGGGCUUCAAGUUCGAGCAGUAUCUCACCGCAAGUUCCAAAGAUUCCGUUCCAAAUCCAGACCUGCAAUAUAACAACUGUGAAGCCUUCUAUACUGUUGUGAAAUCCCAGGUCGGCGCCCACACACUAAUAUACUUUGGCGAGGUCGAUGCUGUACCUGUAAAUCCAGAUGGGUCUAUGGGGGAACAUUAUGUUGAGUUCAAAACCACCUCACAUUCCUCAUUGCAGAGAGGCAGUUUUAAAAGGUUCAAGCUUCUGAAGUGGUGGACACAGAGUGUUCUUGCGGGUGUUCCCGAAAUUGUUUGUGGGCUCCGUGACGAUGCUGGAACUGUUACCAAACUACAAACAUACAAAACUCAACAUUUACCAACGAUGGCGGGAGACAUCCCUGAUCCAUGGAAGCCCAAUGUUUGCUUCAACUUCCUUGACCAACUCCUUGCCUACAUCAAAUCUAAUGUGACGAUAGAUAAUCCAAGGCUCGUUCACAUCCUGGAGUUUUCAGGCGGGGAUGUCACUUGUACCCAGUUUCCACUUGACUCCAAAUACGCUUUCCUGCAUAAAUGGUAUAUUCAGUAGCCUGGAUUAUGUAGAGGUUGGUCUCUGAUCCAGAUCAAACCGGUUCGAUGCAACGUGAUUGAUUUUGAUCAGGGCAGCUGAAAGAUUGAGAUUCUUACACCAUGUUCUAGACUUCAUAAAUACAAAAUUCUUGCAUAUUGACAACUUUGACAACUUAAAUUUAAACUGUUCUUUGUUACAUCGAUCAUUUGUUGGACAUUCCUUGUUUCAUCGUUCCCAUGGUGCACGUCCCUUGUUUCAUCGAUCCUAUCGUGCAUGUCCCUUGUUACAUCGUUCGUAUGGUGCACGUCCCUUGUUACAUCGUUCGUAUGGUGCACGUCCCUUGUUUCAUCGUUCCCAUGGUGCACGUCCCUUGUUACAUCGUUCCUUUGGUGCACGUCCCUUGUUGCAUCGUUCCUAUGGUGCACGAUCCUUGUUACGUCGAUCCUAUGGUACACGUCCCUUGUUACAUCGUUCAUAUGGUGCACGUCUCUUGUUGCAUCGUUCCUAUGGUGCACGUCCCUUAUUACAUCGAUCCUAUGGUGCACGUCUCUUGUUACACUAUUCCCGUAUUUUCAUCUCAGUGUAGCGCGUCCGUAUUUUAGCUUGCUCAACUUAUUGACAAAAUUAUGUUUAUGUUCAAUAAUAAAACAACUCAUAAACUUAAUAUUUAUCAAAGUUGAAAGUUCAAUUAUUCACAAAUAUGUAUUUCUUAGUAUUUGGUAACUCCUCCUCUGUAUGUUCCCUAUAAAAUAUUCUAUCAAAUCAUGGCCCAACUUUUCCUUGUAAUUCAACACCUCCUGUUUCCCGUUUUUCUCAUGUCAAAUCCUUGGUCUAAAUAUCAUGUCAUUGGCAUACAUCCGUAAGAAACUAUCACAUUGUCCUAGUCAAAGUACCUGUGUUAAAUACGCCAGUCCAGUCUCCUCUGUAUCUGUAACUUUUGACACGAGUUAAAUCGGCAAACACUAUGUAUUCCUAUGGAUGCUAAGUAUGCACCUUGCAGACCUUUUUAUAUUGUAACGAGCGUGAUAUGCUCAAUAUCUCUUAGUCUGGAGUUCGUGUGCUCUCUGAGAUAUCUAACAAUACUUUGGGUACAGUGUUGACAUUUGAAGUAUGGAUAAUCCCUCAUUUACGGAAAUAUCAAAAAGAUAUACCCUUCAGAAAAAAGACAUAGUAAAUCAAACACGUCUGACCAAGACACUUAGUUUUUAAAUCUUCAACUUGAACUUACAGAUGGCAAAUUGACCAUCAAACUUGGGAAAAAGAGGGUUGAUUUUAUUUUUUAAAUUGUAAAUUAUCCUUCUUUGGACGGCGAUAUUCCGAGGCCCCAUCCUAUUGUGAAUUCAUUUUGCAAUUAGUUAGAUUUGCUAGGUUGUGUUCGGAAGUGGUUGAGUUUUGUUCCUGUUGUUAAUUAAUGACUGGCCAUUGCCUUGUGCAGGGCUUAUUUUUGAAUGUUGGACUCCUGAGCUUGUCCCUGUAAACUGCAUUGCAUUAUUAAUUAUCUGUCACAUAUUUCUCAUAGGAUGAGGGAAUGACAGGAGUUUUAGAAGUUGUACUGAUCGUGUUAUUUGUGCUUUGUACUUUCAUAAUAUAACAUCGUUUUUUAUUAAUGUUGUUAAUAAGCUUUUGCAUGCAAUUAAUGUAAUGUGUUAUAUUUUUGCCGGUAUAUUUUCUUUAUAUAGCUUUGUAUUUUCAUAUUUCUUGGAACUUAUGUUGUUAAUUUGUUUGUCAGUACACAUUUGAGUGGCAUAACAAACCAAUAUAGAUAUUUUUGAAUUCCAUAUAUAAAUACAUGUAUACUCGUAUAUAAACGCUUUU